AGAGCAGCACUUUGCUUUUUCAGGAAACAAACGGGAUGAAAGUCCAGGGCUGGGACUUCCUCCUUGGUAUGUUUGACAAGGACUGACGUCCUCUUGGCCCUUUGAAUCCCGGAAGUCCAGGGCACACCCAGUCUUGAUUUCAGUGUUCCAGAAUGCAGGAGCGUAGGUAAAAAGGACAAACGCGAAAAGCAUUUCAACAUGAGAGACCCACUGACAGAUAGCUCGUAUAAUAAAAUAUACAAGAACCUAAAAGAAUUUUCUCAAAAUGGAGAGAAUUUCUGCAAGCAGGUCACAUCUGUUCUUCAGCAAAGGGCCAACCUGGAGAUUAGCUAUGCCAAAGGACUUCAGAAACUGGCAAUCAAGUUGAGCAAAGCAUUACAGAACACGAAGAAAAACUGUCUCAGCAGUGCCUGGGCCUGGGCCUCAGAGGGCAUGAAAUCCACGGCAGAACUGCAUCAGAAACUUGGCAAAGCAAUUGAGUUGGAAGCAAUAAAGCCAACUUAUCAAGUCCUCAGUAUACAAGAGAAGAAGAGAAAAUCAGCCAAAAAGAAAUUAAUGGUGAGUACCAAGAAACAUGAAGCACUUUUCCAUCUUAUAGAAAGCUCCAAGCAAUCCAUGACUGAGAAGGAGAAGCAGAAGCUCCUCAAUAAACUGAAAAAAUCAACCAAGAAGUUGGAAAAAGAAGAUGAAAAUUACUACCAAAAAAACAUGGCGGGCUAUUCUACCAGACUGAAAUGGGAAAACACACUAGAAAACUGCUACCAGAGCAUCCUGGAGCUAGAGAAGGAAAGGAUUCAACUUUUAUGCAGUAACUUAAACCAGUACAGCCAGCAUAUUUCUCUUUAUGGCCAAACCCUGACCACGUGCCAUACGCAGAUUCACUGUGCCAUCAGCAAAAUCGAUGUUGAAAAAGAUAUCCAGGCUCUAAUAGAAGAAGUUGCUAUUUCACCUUCAGAAAACAAAUCUGACUUCCUGCUCACAGAUUACUUUGAAGAAGAUCCUAGCAAUGUAAUGGAUAAAGAGAGACGAAAGUCUUUAAUAAAACCAAAAUUGUCAAGAUUGCAAAGAGACAUUGAAAAAGCCUCAAGAGACAAGGAAGGCCUGGAACGAAUCCUUAAUGCCUACAACAACAACUCCUCUUUCUCCGACGCAAAGAGCCAAAAAGACACAGCAGCGUUAAUGGAUGAGAACAACUUGAAAUUGGACCUUCUGCAAGCAAACUCCUAUAAACUGUCAUCAGUAUUAGCAGAACUUGAGAAAAGACCUAAACCCAGUCAUCCUUGUAGUAACUCCAUCUUCAAGUGGAAAGAAAAGGAGCAUACUCACAGUUAUGUAAAAAUAUCUCGGCCUUUUUUGAUGAAGAGAUUAGAGAAUCCUGUCAGCAGGGUACCUUCUGGCGGGCAGAGCAAUCCAAGUUCCUCAUCUCCAGCCUCUGGAGUAACCCAGCUCGGCAACAGUCUUUGCAAGGCCUUAUAUGCUUUUCAAGCCAGGCAAGAUGAUGAAUUAAAUUUGGAAAAAGGUAAGAAUCCUUCUCAGGUACUUUAUUUUAUUUUUUAAUAAUUUUUAAAAGUUUAUUUAUUUCUUCCUUGAGUAAAUGAGCAAGAGGGAGAGAGACAGAGACAGCAACACCAGCAGGAGCUUGUUGCAAUCCACCCCAAGCCUUCAGAUUGCCUUGGAGUAUGGACUGGCAUGAUCCCUGUGUACCCAGCGUACUCAGGGAGGUCUCUGGACUUGAACACGCAUCUUUCCUAUGUAGGUCUGCUUCGCAGAACUGUUGCAUUUGAUUGCUGUGCCACCAUCUGAUCCCUCUCAAAUAUUUUCUUCCCAUGUUGAGAUCCUUAACAUGAAUAAAACUGUUUGAGCACAACAGCCCUAACAUUAUUAUUAUGUCAAAUUGGUCCCGGUUUAUAAUUACCCAUCUUCAAGGAUAAAACACAAAAGCUCACAGAACAAUAGCUAACACUUAGUCCUCGUUGACUAUGUGCCAGACAUUGUUGCAAGUGUACUGCCCAAUCUAAUAUUCGCAAAACCCUGUAAGGAUAAGUAUUGCUAUUUAGUCCCGUUUUAUAGCUGUGGAAAUUGAGGUACAGAAAGGUUCAGUACUUUGGUGAAAGUCAGGCAGUGGUGGCACAGAUUUGAACUCGAAUAGUUGUGCUCUUAAUCACAGUGCUACACUGGUAGAAGUUGGUAAUGGAAAGUCAUUGACUAUA